UUGGAGGGGAGGAGCAUGGGACAGCCAUGGUAUGUGCCAGCAUAACAUAGUAGUUAGAAGAAGGAAAGGAGGAGAAAAAGAGACACUUUCUGACGCUUUACUUUCACCAUUUCCUUCAUUAGUUGGAAACAGAAUAUCACCUGUUGAACAUUAUUGGAUUUAGUGUUUCCUACAGAGCAAUAGUUUCAUUGGUUUCGCUCGGAAUGGUGAUCGGAAAAGCUGUCGCCCAGGAGAGAGGCUUCAGCUCGAAGCAGGACACUGCCAUGUGAAAGGGGUUGCUGCAUGAAGUUCGAACAUAGAGAUGGAGCUAAAGGUGUGGGUGGAUGGUGUGCAGCGAGUUGUCUGCGGCCUGUCCGAAGAGACGUCCUGUCAGGAUGUGGUCAUCGCUCUUGCUCAGGCAAUAGGGCAAACAGGUCGCUAUGUUCUUGUCCAGAAGAUGAGGGACAAAGAACGUCAGCUGGUUGCAAAUGAGCGUCCUCUGGAAGCCCUGGCUAAACUGGGCCAGUUAAGCAGUGAAGUACAAUUCAUCCUGCGGCGCACUGGACCCACCAGCAGCGAGGGCUCCGACCUGGACCGAGUACCUUCCCUCCCAAAACUCCUCGAUCCAGAACCUCCGAAGAGUAAAGUGCCCAAGAAGGCCCUCAGCUUUAACCUGGGGCCAUCUACCUCUUCACAAACUUUUGUUAAACAACCCAAAAAUGUACCGAAGGACUCUCCGGGUGUACAAGUUCCCCAGGGUCCUCCUGGGUCAUCCCAUGCCCAAGCUGGCCCAUCCAAAGAAGAGGUCUUCCGACAGAUUCUCCAUCAGCAGAGUAGAUUGAAGGAUCUCCACGCUCACUUGGACGCUCUGGAUAAGCAGGCCUGGGUUUUGGAGCAGCCUUCACCCCCGAGCUUUUCCCAAAACCUUAUAGAGGAGAUGAACUACCUGGGAGACAAAUUUAGGCAAAAUGAGGCCGAACUGGCUCAUGGGGAGUAUUGGGAGUCGGAGUAUCACGCUGAGGUUCAAAAAGAACAAAGCAUGCUCAAACAACUACGGGAGCUCAACGUAGCUCUUGAUGAGCACAACCGGAGGAUUCACGAAACAGAAACCCAGUUUGGGAGCCUUGAGCGGAACAUCCAUUUAAAAGAGGAGAGGAAAAAUGGUAUGCGUUACCAACAAGCGAACGUGGAACAAUCUCUGGGACAGAUCAUGGCACAGCUGGACACGGUGCAGCAUCAGGGAUCUGAUCUGGGCUCUGCCCUUGAGGAAACAGAAGAGAAUCUCUGGAUAACAGAAGAACUGUUACAGGCUAAGAGCAGGGAGCUUGAAGAAGUAAGCAAGGAACUACGGCAGUGUAAUCUCCAGCAGUUCAUCCAGCAGACAGUUCCUUCAACUCAGCUCAGUGUCUCAGCAGAUGACCCAGAACUUGCUUACCUCAUGCCAGACGGACAGAGCGAUGAAGACUCCAAUCACUCAGUGUUAGAGUUUAACCCUCGCACCACUGCCAAGCAGAUCCUGGGGAACCCUCGCAGCCUGCAAAACCCGCUGGUGUCCAGCCUCCAUCCAGAGGUCCUGCAAUCCAGAGAGGUGUCAUGGCGAUAAAGAUGGGAUUACAAGCCUGAGGAUUUAGUCACUUUAUGCCCUGCCUUUGAAAUAUGAUUUCCCCAUUAAGUAUAUAUUGUAUUGUAUUGUAUUGUAUGAUUUUAUAAAAAACAGUUUGUUUAAAAUGAUUAUACAGAGCACAUUGAUGUAAAUAUUGUUAUCUUUGUAAUUAUUAAAUAGCUUACGAUAACUGUUCAGAGUAUUUUAUAAAAGUUGUAUUUUUUUCUUCAUGGUUUCCAAACACAUCUAUAAACAUAUUAUUAAACAACUCGUACAAAACAUCUGG